AUGGAUCUAAGUAUGCAUAGAGAUAAAGUGACAAUCAACGUCGACACAACCCGUGAGUUCGAAUGUAUGUAUACUGCAGGAGGUCAUAUGGUUCUUCAGCUGUAUGAGGAUAGAGCAUUUUGGACUACAGACGCGACUGUAUUUUACUUGAAGAAGGAAGUAAAUGUAGAGAGUUAUGAGAAGGUGAAGAAGAUUCAUGAAGUAACCAACCACAAGAAUGAAAAUCAACUACUUCAUGCAUAUAGGAAUGCAGGAAAACUUAAUGAGAAAAUGCGAGAAACAAUAAAAGAAGUGUGUGAAAACUGCAAUAUAUGUAAAAAAUGCAAGAGAUCCCAGGGCACACCUAAAGUUGCAUUACCAAUAGUUUCUGAUUUUAAUCAGAUUGUAACCAUGGACUUAAAACAAUAUGGAGAGACUUAUGUAUUAUGGAUGAUCUGUUCCUUCACCAGAUUUAUUCAAGGAGCUGUUUUGAAGGAUAAAACCGCCGAGUCAGUAGUUGAAUCUCUCAACACAGCAUGGAACUGGAGGUUUGGGUUCCCUUCUCAAGGAUACUGGGCAGAUAACGGACCAGAGUUUAAGAACCACGAAGUCAAAGAGUUUGCUUCAAAACUAGGUUUUGAAGUAAAAUUUGGUCCAAAUUACUCACCCUGGAGCAAUGGAAUAAACGAACGUAACCAUUAUUCUGGAGAUAUGACGGUGAAGAAAAUUCGAGAGGCAGAUAAGAAAAUUGAUUUAAAGAAGGCUGUAGAGAUGGCUGCUUGGACUCAUAAUACAAACACCAGUAUUUUAGGAUAUAACCCUAUGCAGUUGGUGACAGGAAAGGCUGUAACAAUACCUGGAAUUUCUACAGGAAAUGUCGCCACUGAGUCGAUGUUUGACAGUGAGAAUGUGAAGUUAAUGAUCGAGAGACAUCACACGAUCACCAAGCAAUUCAGGAAAGCUGAAUAUUCUUCAAAGCUGAAAAGGGCUUCACAACAGCAAAACAAUAAAUUUAAUAACAUCAUUUACAAAGAGGGGGAUAUGGUAUUUUACCAAGAUAAAAUGAAAAAAGCCUGGUGUGGUCCAGUAAAGGUUUUCACACACAGAGGAAGAGAUGUUUACAUCUGGGCGAAUGGCGAUUUAAAGAAAGUAGCCAGUUGCAAAGUACAACUUUGCUCUCAAAGAAAUAUUCCUUCGGAAAUUUCAAGAGAAGUAAACAACGAAGCAAAAGCAGUGGAUUCUACUCCAAAAAUGGCAGGAGAAGAGAAAAUAUCAGUGGAUCCUCCAGCCUAG